CUUAUCUACGAAGAUUAUAAAGUAGGAUGGGUAGUUUAUAAAUAAGAAUACCAAACACACAAUGAAUAAGAAUACCAAACACACGACUUCACUCACAUCAUAAUAUUGCAAGAAGGAAAAAUGCCGUCGGAAAUUGCAUAUAGGAAAGGAAGCGAGUUUCCAGCUUUAGAGGCUGGGAAGUUGCGGGUAUACAGUAUGAGGCAUUGUCCGUAUGCCCAGAGAGCUCGAAUUGUGAUGCUUCAUAAAAAUAUUGAAUUUGAAACUGUCAAUAUCAAUUUGAAGGAAAAACCAGAAUGGUUUCUAGAACUUGCUCCACUUGGUACAGUGCCAGCUAUACAAAAAGAUGACAUAAUUGUAUAUGAUUCUCCAAUCGUUUGUCAGUAUCUUGACGAAACCUACCCAGGUGAAAAGUUAACGCCAAACGAUCCUUACCAGAAGGCAAAAGAUGCAAUGUUGGUAGAAAGGUACUCAAAGAAAGUUGUAACACCAUUCUACAGAAUGGCUUUAAAGCAAGAGCCUGAAGCACUUGGGGAGCUACUGUCCGGUCUUAACGUCCUUGAAGACGAGUUAAAGUCAAGAGGCAAAACAUUCUUUGGAGGUGAGAAGCCGAUGAUGGUAGAUUUCAUGAUAUGGCCACACAUGGAGAGAAUAGUAGGUAUGGGAAAAGUCAACGACAAAGCUGCAAUAAGAAAAGAUCAAUUUCCAAACCUGGUAGCCUGGAUAGACAACAUUACAGCUGUCCCAGCGGUUAAAGUAACCAGAUGUUCCGAAGAGGACUUCAUUAAGAUCAUGGUGGCAAACAAGGAGGGAAAGGAGAUCUAUGACAUUGGAGUUGAGCAAUAACUUUAAACAAAGAUAUCAGUGUUUUAAAUGUCAUAACCAGUUUAUUAUGUCAUGACCAUUUUGAAAGGGUGACAAAUAAUUAUAGUGUUUCAUUGAAUGUUUAUUUUCUACAUUGUGAUAAUAUACGGUUUGUUUUUGUUACAACAGGAGCUUCAUGCAAGAAAUCAAAGUUCUUUUGAGAGACAUUAUGCUCAUUUUGUUUCGUUGUCAAGUUGAGCUGAAUAAGUUUUCUAUUGCAACAUGUAUUGUAAUGAUAAUUGACCAAUUAUUGGGAAUGACAACGUUUAGGAAAAGCAACUUAAAUUACCUAACCUGUUUUAGUAAAAUAUAAAAAGACUGUACCACUCUAUUUAUCAUUUAGACGUUACGGCAAUUUAUUGAAACUUUUUGUACUACAAACUGUAUAUUUUGUAUUGAAAUAUGACAUUGUAAAAAAAUAUGGUAAAAUGUAUAGUUAUUUUGACAUUUACCUUUACACUCACAACAUACAAUUGGUUUGUCAUAAUGUCACUUAAAACAAGCUCUUAAAAUGAUACUAGCAAUUACUGCAUACUUUUUCAUGUUUUGAUUUGAAGUAAAAGAACUAAUAUAAACUUUUGUACGUUAUUUGUAACAAUGUGUACGUUAUUCAUAUUCAUGUAAAAGAUCUGAUAUUUAUGUGAUCAAUGGACAAUUAUUUGCAGCAACUCUUAUUAUCCGUUAUUUAUAAAGAUAUAUAGAGAUGUCCCCCAACUAAGCAAAUUAAAAAUUUUUGAGAAGUAAAAAUGACCAAAAUCGAGACAAAAAACAUUGAAUGUACUCAAUCAAAAAGCAAUAUGCGAACCUUCAAAUAUAUACAAAAAAAGGAAAUGACAAUUCUUAUACAUAUAUAUUGCAUUAAUCAUGCUAAUUUGGCAUAGUAUAUGUCAUAUAAAA